AUUUAAUGUUGUUUAAUUCAAAAGAUUUUGUAGUUUUGUUUUAAUAGAAUUAAAAAUGUUUUCAAGAUUAAUUCAAAAGUCCAAUGUUACUGGUCAUAAUAUUUUUUCUAAAUUAAUUUUAGGAAAUGCUUUGACCCAACGUACAUUCUUUAAUAUUGUACCAAAUCCAAGUGUUGGAUUAACAGAUGAUCAAAAACAAUUUCAAACAAUGGCACUUGAAUUUGCACAAGAAAAAAUGCUUCCAUUUGCAGAAAAAUGGGAUAAAGAAGAAUUUUUCCCACGUGAAGUUAUGAAACAAGCUGCAGAAUUAGGUUUUGGUGGUCUUUAUGUUAAAGAGGAUGUUGGUGGUUCAGGUCUUUCAAGACUCGAUGCUUCAAUUAUUAUUGAAGCUUUAGCUUCUGCUGAUGUUAGCACAACCGCUUUUAUUAGUAUUCAUAACAUGUGUGCAGGUUUAAUUGAUAUUUAUGGUACAGAGGAACAAAGACAAAAAUAUUUACCAUCAUUAGUUACAAUGGAAAAGAUAGCAAGUUAUUGUUUAACAGAGCCAGGCAGUGGCAGUGAUGCAGCAUCUUUAUCAACAAAAGCAGUUAGAGAUGGUGAUCAUUUUAUAUUAAAUGGUAGCAAGGCAUUUAUUAGUGGUGGUGGUGACAGUGAGGUUUAUUUAGUUAUGGUAAGAACUGGUGAAAAAGGUCCAAAAGGUAUUUCAUGUUUAUUAAUCGAAAAAGAUACACCAGGUUUAAGUUUUGGUAAAAAAGAAGAAAAAUUAGGAUGGAACACCCAACCAACUAGAGCUUUAAUUUUCGAAGAUUGUAGAGUCCCAGUUGCAAAUCUUAUUGGUGGUGAAGGCCAAGGUUUUAACAUUGCUAUGAAUGCUUUAAAUGGCGGUCGUAUUAAUAUUGGUGCCUGUAGUUUAGGUGGUGCUCAAGCAAGUUUAGUUGCUGCUCGUGACCAUGUCAAGGUUAGAAAACAAUUUAAUCAACCAUUAGAAAAAUUCCAAUCUAUUCAAUUUAAAUUGGCUGAUAUGGCCACUAAAUUACAUGCCUCACGUGUUAUGAUUAGAACUGCUGCCACUAUGCUCGAUAAUAAAGAUCCAUCUGCCCACGUCUACAUCGCCAUGGCCAAAUUAUUUGCAUGUGAUGAAUGCUUCAAGGUAUGUGAUGACUCACUUCAAUUAUUUGGUGGUUAUGGUUAUCUCAAAGAUUACCCCGUUGAAAGAUAUCUUCGUGAUCUUCGUGUUCAUCGUAUCCUUGAAGGUUCUGAUGCUGUAAUGAGAUUAUUAACCUCCAGAGAAAUAUUAAAAGAUGAAUAAAUAAUAAUACAAAUAAAUUAUAAAUAAAAUAAAUAUAAAUAAAGAAAAGAAAUAAAGAAACUUUUUUUUAUAU